AUGGAUAACAACAACUAUGACUCUCUGAUCCUUUCCCACCCAGAAGUGGUUGUGACCAUUGGGAACAACAUCUACUACUUGCUGCAUUUCUUUGUACUGUGCUGGUUACUAAUCUAUUCAGUUGCGGGGACAGUUCUGCUCGAGGUUGGCUGCCGUUGGCUACCGAAGAGCUUUGGGGCCAUGUCACCAUCCCAGCAAUACAAGGUGAUAUUCUGGGCAUUGGAAUCAGUGGUGGGCAUAAUUUCCAUUGUGGAAAUAGUGUUGUGGUUUCCUCAAUCUAUUGCCUUUCAUGGGACGAUCCACUCUGCCCGCAUUACAGGAAACGCUGACAUGGAUUGGAACCACCCAGUGAGUUGGUUGCACAAUCUGAACCAAGUUAUCAAGGUAGCAGGUUGGGCAGUCACUCCUCUCUUAUUGGCAUACCUCUUCAAGCUUUGCUUCUUUGUAAAGGAAUACCGCCUACGCCCUCUGGUGAUUCUUCACCAUCUUGUCUGCAUUGGCAAUUUCAUGUUCAUAUUGUCAGCCGUUCUUUCUACCCUGGAUGGGAAGUGGAUGGAGCUAGCCAUCAUUUUUUCACUCAACAUUGCUCUGGAAUUCCCUGUAUCCAUUGCCCUCAUUCUUUACCGCUUCCAGUCACCACUCACCAUCACAUCAUUUCCUAUUGCACUUGUCUGUGAGACUCUACUCAGACUCACUGUUUGGGUACGAGCUACAGUCAACUACUGGGAUCUCUGCUUUCAGCCAACAACCCUGACAAUCUAUGAAAGGAUCUGGAGGGUGUACUAUCCCUUUCUGCUUCUGACAGUACUCUCUAUCGAAAUCUAUACAGUUGGGAUUCACCUCACGUUGUACCAUCGCAGCAAGAAGAUACAGAAAACAACUGGAGGAGAGCAAGAGGCCCAGUAUGACAGAGCAGCUUCUGAUACGGUGAAGACUAUCGAUGCAGCUGGUGGGGUUACGAGUGCAAACUCCUCAACUUUCGAUAUGGACACGGCUGAUGCUUCUGAGAGACAGGAUGAUGCUGUUGCCCAAGAGUCAUCAACAAGCCACGCAGAACCAACCAAGAAUGUCACUUGGCAACAAGCUUUUGUCAACAACCUGCCAGAUUUUUCUAACCUGAUCAUCAGCAUCCUUCUUGUUGCUGUCUUUUCCAAUCCAUAUGUCCUUCCCAUUGCCGAUCGACCAGCAGCUGAACCCCAUCAAGAAUCUUUGAGAGUAGCCAUUGUUGGAGGAGGUGUGGCUGGCAUGGGUGCUGCUCUGGCCUUCCAGCAAUCCCAAAACAAUGCAUCGGCCUAUGAAGUAGACCUCUUUGAGGCACAUACUGAAUUUGGAGGAGCUGCUUCUACAUACUACUCAGAAAAGAAGUUUGAGCCUCCAUUUGUGGAGCAUGCCUUUGUUGCCUUUUUGGAGUAUUACAACUUUGAGAAACUGCUUGACUGGUUGGGAGUGGAGUACAAGUCCAUGGCAGCUAGCUUUACUAUUCAAUAUGAGACUCCAGUCAGCUUCUCCAAUGACAGGGUAUCAAGCACUGGGGAAAUUUUGGGUUCCUCCUUGCCCCCACCAUUCAAUGACCGCAACCGCAUUCUCAAGUAUCAAGAUGAGAUCCAUCUCUUGGCCAAAGAUCUCAAGGAUGCCUAUGAUGAUUGGAAUGAGGCUCAGCUCAUGGAAACCACUCUGGGAGAGUUCACAAACCCAGAACAUGGAGUUUACUCAGAGGACUUUCUCCGAGACUACUUGGCUCCGUGUUUGGAAGCCUAUGUUGCCACUGGUGCAGCCUUGUUUGACAUGCCAAUUGCCCUUUUGAAAACAUUUGAGGCUCGUUUUGGUUUGUGUCUGUCACCGUCCCGAGUCAAUAUUCAUUAUGUAUCCAAUGGUACCAGUGCCUACGUUGAGCAGCUGCGUCAGCACUUGGAAGUUGAUGACAGAAUCCAUCUGCAUUCCGGCAAUGGAAUUGUGGCAGCCCAAAUGGCGAACCAGCCAGAGGGAGGCAGAGCUGCAAAACUUCUAGACUCAAAUGGCAUUUGGAGGGAAUAUGACCAUGUCAUCUUCACACUACAGCGGCCUCAGGUACGGGAAAUACUGGAUCAUCCCAGCUCCGUGGUGUGUGAAUUUCCUCUUCACAAGGCCCAAGGGAGUGCGUGCCAGUCUCUGUACGAGCAACUCUUUCCAAGGAAUGAUCUUCUUGGGAGCUACAAACACACCAUUGUUCACUCCGACAUUGACUAUAUUGCCAAGUUCACUGCCAACCUGUCUACACCAUCAGAUGGAUGCCAUUAUCUUGAGGGCUACAACUUUUUGAUGAAGAAUGCUGGUGACAAGCGGAAUCUUCAAAGGUUUACCAACAUCUUCAACAGCAACAACAUGGAUCCCAUGCAUUGCAAUGAACACGUGAUACCCCCUUUCCAGCUAACAACAAAGAAUUUUGAUAACCAAACCUUAAAGGAGAUUGGCUUAUCUCCGGAUCGAAUAGUGGAAGACAAGAAAUGGCUUCAUCCCAGUCAUGAUGUCAAAUUUUUCAAGCUCGGUCGUUCUUCUCAUGCUAUUCAAGGUCUGGGAUCGUUUUGGUUUGCAGGGGCUGCUUUCAACUUCAAUUUCCAUGAAGAGGCAUUGGUGUCUGGGUUUGUGAUUGCCGAGAGACUGGGGGCAGGCUACAUGUUUCAUGAUAAUGCCCUUGCAUUGACCAGCUUCUUGAGAUCACGGGCUUGGCUCCUGUAUGGACUGAACCCGAUGAUGCCUCCAAUGGUCCCUCGUGGAAGUAGUGAAAGGAGCUUGGUCUGGCGUGGACAGCCCAUUCAUCCAGAGGUGUCCAAGCUUAAGCUUUGA